AUGCCGAAGGCGUCUGGCAGUGCACAAACCACCGAGGAAGAUGAUGAAAAUCAAGCAAGAUUAACACUUGAGGGACAAUUCGCUCUCUGUAAAGUUACGGAUGACAACGCAAAGUUUGCCUACGCUCUUUCACGAAUUGAACCAAAUCAGGCGAGAGAAAUUAAAGACAUCAUCACACAACCUCCAACUCACGGGAAAUAUGUGGCAUUGAAAAAGGCGUUGAUUCAAAGGCUUACUGACUCUCAAAAUCAGCGGAUUCGUCAGUUGCUGGAACGAGAAGAACUUGGUGACCGAAAACCAUCUCAGUUCUUGCGACACCUUAGCACGUUGGCAGGCACAGCCGUUUCAAAGGAACUCCUUCGCACGCUAUGGCUUGGACGACUUCCUUCUCAAAUGCAAGCAAUUUUAGCAACGAGAAGUGAGGACAGAUUAAAAGAUAUCGCAGAGCAAGCAGAUCGAAUACACGAAGUGAAUAAUAGUAAGGCACUCGUACUUGCAACUUCAGUACCUUCUGCUGAACCUACAACAAAAAACUCGGAGGACAGUCAUUAA